AUGGGACAUAUAACGGCACCACCGCCCAGCUCAUCGUACAUGGAAGAUCCAUUCGUGGAAGCGAUCGAUCUGAGUGAAACAACCGUAAAUCCUCCAAACACUCGUGUAGGGCCAGAAAAUUUUGAAUUGCUCAAAGUAUUAGGUAAAGGUGGUUAUGGUAAGGUCUUUCAAGUAAGGAAGACUAAUGGCAAAGAUAAGGGUAAGAUAUUUGCUAUGAAGGACACAGCCGCCUUUUAUCUUUCUGAAAUAGUCUGUUCAUUGGAGCAUCUUCAUCGACAGGGCAUUAUUUAUCGUGAUUUGAAACCAGAGAACAUUCUUCUCGAUAGCAGAGCACUAUGCUGUUUACUAGGAGGUACGAAUCCGUUCGGCUUCACUGACGAGGAACCACCGACAGCAGCCGGGGCAAUGGAUGAAGCAAUGGAUAUGACAACGACACCGAGGCAAAGUGAAUGUACGCCGGCUGCACCCGUACCACAGCAGCCACAACAACGCCAACCACAAUGGCAACGUGCUCAAGGUGGUGUGGUUCGUCCAUGA